UAGUGGAGGAAACAUGGUGUCCUGAUGGACUGUGCCUGUUUCCGUGUGCCUGUUUCCACUCCGGACUAAUGACAUCCCAUCCUUACUUGAGUGAUUUGCAGUACUGUUUCGAACGUUCUCCUGACAAGUGAAGCAACUGUCCGAUAUUGCUUCACGGUUCCCGGGUAGUCCGAGAGUUUUAUAAGGAUUCAGCUUCCGGAAACGUUACACCUGAAAGUGCGUGGGUGACAGUGGACGGAGCGGACUGCAGCAUUGGAUUCUGGUCAAGUUUUAUGCAUGCAAAAUAGGAACAGUGGCAUUGACCACGUGACUGUACAAGCGUACUGGCUGGUCCCUCACGGAUACGACGGACGAUCUUCAAGGACGACUUUGUGGAUGUGCUACGAAAUCUGUGCGUUAUAGGUGUUGUGUUUCUGUGCCGCGAGAUGUUAUAAUACAGUGCGAAAUCAAAGCUAAAGGCGCGACAUUUGUUUUUCAAUCGCUAUCGCUGUUUGUCACCCCAGUAGACAUACCUUGAAACUCUUAUUUUGAAAGGAGUUCAGUUCCGUGAUCGUGAGAGGUUGGAGAGAAUGUCAUGUUUUCACUAACUCCAGAUACCGUCUUCUAGCACGCAAGUAUAUUAGAAACGAAAUAUCACAUUCUCUAUAACGAUAUCUGAUGUCGCUUGCAGCGUUGUUGUGAAGUCUUGCAGCUAGCGCAAACUAAUUAAAUAUUGACAUCGGCGAAUCUCUCACUGAAAACACGGCGCAGAUGAAAACGUCAUAUUCAACUGCGGACAUUCCCAAAUAAACGCUGCACUUCGCGAAGAAUAGCACGCAACGCCUUCGGAAAAACCAUCGACCGGCUACAUCGAAGAUGACAACCGCCACUUAGAUUCGGAUUCUAAACGCAAAAGUGUCGCAUUUAACAAACGUCACAGCAGCGCACAAGACGCCGCCAUCGCUACAACUAGCGCUUCCUUAUCGAGAAAACUUUCUUUUCAAAGAAUCAUUUCCAGUUUCGAUCUAGGAACGAAAAUCUGACAGUUUUGGAACAAGUCGCGGAAGCUCUUGAUGCAGAAGGGUCCUUUCUUUCUUCUUUCGUAAAAAUAUACAACCCUUGUGCAACGCUCACAGAUUUCAGAAGUUCCUUAUAUGCGUGACUGGCUGCCUCUGCAGAUACUCCUUCCGGCUGCGCUGUCAAAUGAUCUCAGAGGAAUAUCGGCCGAGCGUGUUUCUUGACAGAAAUCUCUAGCUUUGGCAAGAUUCUGGUAAGGGGCGCACUAUUCUGUGCUUUUCAAGCUCGACUUGCUUUCACAUCGUGUCGGAAAGCGCAGCAGACGACGCGGUGGUAGAUCGGCUUCCGCAGAUGCGAGUUUUGUUUUGACAGAGCGUAGCAGACGACAAGGAAAGCAGACACGGUUUUGUUUUUACAGACUCUAGUUUCGUAUUGAGCUACCGCCUGCGGGGAGUUUUGCUUUUUUUAAUACUGCGCAAGGUUAAACAUGCAAGAGAAAACUUGUGUUCGAGACAGUCAAUCGUACUAAAUCAACAACUCUAGUUCCAUACAGAAUAUUUUCCAAAAUCCCGAGUAACAAAACAUGAGCGAACGGUAAGGAACAAAACUGUAUGGAAGUGUCACGUGAAUAAAAGGGUGUCUACGAGGUCGCGUUAGGUCACCGUGCGUGGUAACCCGUAAAUGCUUCGGGAUGACGUGUAAUUUCUUAAGACAGCUACGUUACAAGUUGCAUAGAAAGCAAUGACAAGGGUGUUGUGCUGUGAAACAUCUGUGCCUGUGUACAAAUAGCAGAAGACGAUCAUCGUGGGUUGAUGGCGAUGGCGGUUGUGUUGAAGUGGAUCGUCAUGCAUCUCUAUGCAGCGACUCUCUUGGGAAUUUGCUGCUGUAGCAACGGAGUGUUAUCGUUGCUACACCGCGGUCCCUCCUUCACACUGGAGCCUCCACCGCUGGUAGAGUUCACCAACAGCACCGGAGCCGACGUUCGCUGCCACGCGGACGGUAAUCCCAAGCCCACAAUUCGAUGGGAGGAUUUGUCCGGAAGGACGGUUUCCGCAGACAGCAGCCUCACCUUCCGGCCUUUUUCGAGGGACAGCUACCAACAGAGUGUCCACGCCGCCUUCUAUCGAUGCGUGGCUACCAACGCUGUAGGGACCAUCAUAAGUCGUAUGGUGCAUGUGCUUGGAGUGCUGGAUGAACGAGUUUUGGUGCGCGUGGUGGACGACAUAGCGGUUCGCGGCAACACGGCUGUUCUGCGUUGCAAUGUUCACCAGUCCCAAGCACCUUACACGGCCUUCGACGGUUGGAUACGAGACGACGGGUUCACGAUCUCAAGACCUUCCUACAAUGAUGAACGGUACACGGUACUCCAUACGGGAGAGUUGCUGGUUCACCGGACAAACAUGGCGGACACAGAGAGGACGUACAGGUGCCGAGUACGGCAUACGUUGUCUGGAGAUGCAGCGACGAGUAGCAACACUGCAAGGGCUAUCGUCACCGAUAUGUCCGAGAACGUCCCACCCCGAAUGACCUACUCUGUGCCCAAGAUCGAUGUGGGAGUAGGCAGGCACGUGGAAUUACCCUGCGUCGCCACAGCAUUUCCACCAGCAAACGUCACGUGGUACCGCUUAGCGAGACGGCAGCUCGAACUUGUCCCAACUGGGGCGGGAGCAAGGCAGCUGAACGGUGUUCUAACAUUCGACGUGGCGGGCACGCAUAUGAGCGGGACAUAUGUGUGCGUAGCGAAGAACGACCUCGGCGAGUCACGCACGGAGAGCGUCGUACAUGUCAACGAUGUCUCGGGGGCGUCUUUGGUGCCAAAUUACCAAGCGGUGGAGCCCGGAAAGACGGCUACACUCAACUGUAGCGUCACUUCCGGCAGGACGAACCCUCUACACGUGACCUGGUUUAAAGAUGGCCGCCAGCUUAAGACUGACGGCCGCGUUCGUUCCAUUACGCCGACUAGGCUCAAGAUCGACUCUCUACAGAGAGAGGAUGGCGGGAUGUACCAAUGCUUUGUAGGAAUAAAUCAAGAUGGGGUCCAGGCGGCCGCGGAGGUAAUCAUUAACGCUAGGGAACCAACGCUGAGCCAAGUGUUCUACCAGAAAACGGCAAAGCCCAGUGAAAGUAUGGCGCUCCAAUGUCAAAGCGAAGGUACACCUCGACCAGUAGUCACGUGGACUCGCAACGACGAACCGGUCUUCUCCGAUGCACGCAUCCGAAUAUCCAGCGACCGCGCGAGUGACCACGUGAUCUCGGUGCUCAACUUCUCCAGGGUUCGUCUCGAAGACUCUGCAGUGUACGCCUGCGUCGCGAAAAACGACGUGGGCACCGUGGUGCAUUCGGCGAGGCUCAACGUGCUCGGUACUCUGUUUAUGCAUCGAGAGUCGUCUAACGCUACUGUGGUCGCCGGACAGGAUGUGACGUUAAAGUGCCCUUACGGAGGGUUUCCGGUGGAAAGUGUAACGUGGUAUAAGGACGACCACAUGCUGCCGAGGAACAAUCGCCAAUCUGUGGACGACGACGGCAACCUCCACAUCCGGGACGCCCAACACGCUGGAGACGCCGGUGACUACGCGUGCGUCGUGAAAGGCUACACGCAAGAAGUUCGUGCCACUACGCACCUCGUAUUUGUAGUUCCCCCCGUGAUCGACGACCACUUCUUUCCUGAAACAAUCACCGUCGACGAAGGAUCUCGAUCGCGUCUGCUGUGCUCUGUGUCACGCGGUGACGGCCCCAUCCAGUUCCAAUGGUUGAAAGACGGCCGCCCGCUGAGCUCCGUGCCGGAUGCAUCUCUGCAGUUCGCCGAAGACUCGGCCAUGAUUAAGUUCCGCCGUAUACGGUUCAAAGACAGCGGAAAGUACACGUGCUUCGCAAUCAACGAUGCUUCUCAGGAUAACCGCACCACGGAGGUCAUCGUCAACGUGAGCCCCCGAUUGAAGGACACGCCAAGAAACACGACAGCGACCCAGGGGCGUUCUGUCGUGCUGCAAUGCAGCGCAGACGGCUUUCCCACACCCACUAUCACGUGGAAGAAACAAGGCCUGAAUAACGAAUUCGAGCCUCUGAACCUCAACUUCGGCAUGCAUAUACUUCCCAACGGGAGCCUCCUUAUCCGAAGCCCCGAGGAAGGGGACGAAGGCAUCUACCGAUGCGAGGCCCGAAACCAGAUUGGAGCUGCAGCCACGAGGGACGCAGCCUUGGUGGUAUACGAACCGCCAAAGUUCAAAGAACGCUAUCGCGUCCUCUACAUACGCCAGGGCGAGACUUUCAACACGGAGUGCUCGGUGUCGUUCGGCGACGCUCCUCUGUCUUUCUCCUGGGAAAAGAACUAUCGACCUCUCAAUUGCUCCAGGUGCCUAGCUCGGAGUACCUCUCACAGUUCUGAGCUCACUAUUCUGAGCACUACUCGGAAAGACAGCGCCCUCUAUUCGUGCUCUGCGAGGAACCAUCAUGGAAAAGACACCACUUUCUUCCAAGUCGUCGUUCAAGAGCCUCCGGAUGCACCGACGACGCUCUUGGUGAGCAACGAGACGAGCCGCACGGCGGCGCUUCACUGGCAGGCACCCUUCGAUGGAAACAGCGAGAUCAUCAAGUACAAGCUACACUACAAGGUCGCCAACGAACUGAUGACCGGGGCAACAUUCGAGGCAACAGUAGCCGGCACAGAAACAUCGACAACUCUGACAAACUUGAAACCGGUGUCCAAAUACGAAGUGCGCGUCUCAGCCGAAAACGCCUUCGGAAGCAGCUCCCCCAGCAACUCCACCAUCGUCCACACAAAGGAGGAGGCUCCGUCAGGACCUCCUACAGCUGUCAGCCUGUACACCACAGGAUCGCAGUCACUCAAAGUCACCUGGAGGCCUCCUUCGAAAGACCACCAUCAUGGCACGAUCCUGGGAUACUAUGUGAGUUACCGCGUUGCCGACGGUGAAUCGCCAGCUAUCAAACAGGUAGACGCGCGAAACGGCAACUCGUCGCACGGGCUGGAAACAACCUAUCUGACCAAUCUGCGACGGCUCACCAAAUACGGGGUCAUGGUACAAGCUUACAAUGGCGCUGGAAAAGGACCGCCUUCCGAAGAAGUCUAUGCUACGACUCUUGAAACAGCGCCCCCAACGUCACCAUCGGUCCAAGUGGAACCUCAUUCUACAAACUCUGUGUACGUACGCUGGAAGAAAGACCCCAAGGAUCGCUCACAGAACACAGAGUAUGUGCUCCACUACGGCGGAGACGACGGCGAGUGGAAGAAACACACGCUGGCAGCACAGGAGAAAGAGUUCCUAUUGCGAAACCUGCGCUGCGGAUCUCAGUACCGGCUCUACGUGACUGCAUCCAACAGCCUCGGCAUGGGGGAACCCGGCGAGGAGUCGCUCGUGCGCACCAAGGGCGGACCUCCGGUAGCGCCCAGCCAAGAAGGCUUCAUCGUGGCAAACAAAACAAGCGCCGUGCUGCGCCUCAGCCAAUGGUCGGAUGGCGGAUGCCCCAUCAACCGCUUCGUGCUGCAGUACCGUCAGAAGCUGGAACCCCGCUGGGCCUCCAUAUCGGAGACGCUGGUGCCUCCGAGGUCCGGCAGCCACACGCUCAGUAAUCUCCUCCCGGGAAAAGUGUACGUGAUCGCCAUCGUGGCCCACAGCGAGGCCGGAGCCACCAGAGCAGAGUUCGAGUUUGUCACCCCGUCGCACAAAGCUACAAAGACAACGACAGAGCCAAUGUCCGGAACUUCGAACGCAAGCAGUCGAUUCCCGCUCCAGGAGAACCUGGUGUUCAUCGUUCCCGCUCUUCUAUCCGCAUUCAUCGUCGUCCUGGUCAUUGGCCUCUUCGUGUUCUAUUCGAGGAAGCAGUCACCCAGACCGGAUGUCACAACCGAAAAAGACUUAACCGGACGCAAGGUAUACGUCGAGGAUGCGUUCAUCAUCGCGGAACUGCCGAGGAAACCACACGACCGCAGCGACACCAGCGUUGCCUGCGCGAACAUUUUCGACUCCCAGUCGAAACGAAGCUGCCACAUCUACACUACCAACCAAAGUGCCCUGUAAAGUGAGAUGUGCUACGUGGGAAGACUUCAUCACAAAGGUGUCGUCUGCGAAAUCUUGAUUGUCGCAACGGACGACAGCGCGUGGCAGACGACAGGGGCAGCUGUAUCGCAGACGACAGCCGUUACAGCGACGCAGCCACAACUUUAUCGAGCCAGAUUUGGCGUCACACGGAAGAAAGGCGUGUGUGGAUAUGGACGUCAUAUUUUCUUCUUGUUUACCGGAUAUUGUAUGCGCGGAUUGUUUUUUCUAUUUUUCGGAGUGUAUAAUAAAAGUCUACA